UCCCUCGUAAACUGCGAGAUCGCUCGAGACACAGAUGCGGGCCACGCACAAUUUGCCGCAUACAUCACGAGCAAGACGGUCUCUCACCUGAACGAUGCGGUGCAGCAUUUUCAGUUGGUUCUAGACCAGUGUCCCGUCAGCCAUCCCGACCACGCAGCAGCCCUCACCAACCUUGCGUAUGCGCGCCUUCAGGGGUAUAUUCGCACGAUUUGAAGAUAUUGAUACCCCCACUUCGCUGUUCCGCGAGGUCCUUGCAUUGCGUCCGCAGUGCCAUCCGGAUCAUCCAUUAUCUCUAUAUAAUCUCACCGAAGCGCUGACUUGGCGCCACAACAAGAAAAGUACUGCUGCCGCGAUUUGCGAAUCCGCCAAACUCUAUCAUGAGCUACUGCCUCUCUGUCCAGAGGGCACCACCUUCGUAGCAUCGCAGGGGCAAAUGGUGUCGAUUAUGUGAUCAACAGAUGCAACAAUCUUCCGAUAGACACAUCUGAUGAAGGCAUCCACCUUCGACGAGUGGUCGUCGAGCUCUGUCCUCUGGGCCAUCAACACCGUCCCAGAGCACUUUACAAGCUUG